ACAUGCGCAGUGGAAUCUAGAAAGAUGGCCUCAGAAAAUUGAAAGUGGAUUUUACCCAAAAGUGCGGAAUAUUGACGAUGGCUCGGCUUGCGGACUACUUUGUUGUAGUGGGAUAUGACCAUGAGAAAUCAAGCAAUGGCCAGAGCUGCGGGCGAACCAUCCAGAGAUUCCCUGAGAAAGAUUGGGAUGACUGUCCCUAUACACAAGGCAUUGAACUGUUUUGCCAGCCAACAGGAUGGGAUCUUUCCUCCAAGCGCCAAGAGCCAACAUUUUUCGUAUCAGUGUUGACGGACAUUGAUGCAGAUCGUCACUAUCUGAGUUGUUUGACUUUCCACGAGGGGGUUCCACUGACUGCCGUCCCCAAACCAGAUGAGUCUGAUGAAGUCCCAGAGAAUAAUCACAAUAACCAUAUCGUGCAGCCCUCUAUGAUGUUCGCUCCAAAGUCUCUUGUUCUCAUAUCAUCCCAUGACUCAUUUGAGACUUUAAGGAAUUGUCUAGGUCUGAUCUACACAGUUUAUAUUGAAAACAUCCCGAAUGUCCAAAUAGAAACACUUAUUGGAAACAUACUCAGUUCAGUACAGGUGCCGCCACCUGGGGGUCCACAAGUUCGGUUCUCAAUAGGAGCAGGGGACAGGCAGGCUCUGCAACCUCCACUCUCUCAUACAAUUCCUACUACUAAUGAAACUGUAGCCACACUCUUUCAACAAUUAUCAAUCAACACCAUCAUCCAGUUGUUCUGUGCAGCACUAUCAGACCACAAGAUUCUGUUCCUGUCCAACAGCUACAAUAGACUCACUUCAGCUUGCCAGGCUCUCACAGCUCUCCUAUAUCCCUUCAAAUAUACUUAUGUGUACAUCCCAGUCUUACCCGCCCACCUCAUUGAAGUACUGAACACACCAACCCCAUUCAUUGCUGGAGUCCAUGGAUCUCUGAAGCUGGAAGUACAAGAUCUGCUAGAUGUGAUAAUAUGUGACCUAGAUGGUGGUAGCGUAAUGAUACCAGAGUGUGUGCAGUUGUCUAUUAUACCAGAACCUGCACAUACUAGAGUCACUGAUGCUCUUAAAAAGUUGCUACACCCCGAUCUCUCAUGGGCAGACAAGGCCUUUCCUCCCUCCCCCUCAUCAAUGAAGACAACAGCACGAGAUAUGUUAGAUAAAGAAAUUAGGGCUGUGUUUUUACGACUUUUUGCUGAAAUCCUGAUUGGCUAUCGGUCGUGUCUUACUCUCAUACGAAUUCACCCUGAACCCUUCAUCACUUUCCACAAGGCCAACUUCCUUGGUCAUAGAGGUCUUGUGGAAGAUGAUUUCAUGACCAAGAUGCUUGACAGCAUGUGCUUCAGUGCAUUUGUCUCGGAGAGGGGACCCCCAUAUAGAAUCUGUGAUAUUUACGAUGAGGUGUUUGCCAGUAUGCAGACUGUGAUAAAUGAGGAGAGGUUGUCCAAUGAAGCAAUGAUGAACCAUAUAAAACAGAUAGCCCAACAGCUUUACAUCAAUGAAAAUCCAAAUCCACAACCAUAUGUGCAAAAAAUCCCAAAAGCAACUGAAGGAUCUCACAAUCGGAUACAUAUUCCUUCCUUUCCUGCGAUAGACUGGGUCCACGUUCAGGAGAUAAUUGACGAAGGUGUCACAAAGAGUAAUAUUAAAGCGAGACAGAAGCAAAGACAACGUUUCAGGAUGACCAAAACCAGACCUCAACAACCACGUAUAGUCCCCAUGGGAGCCUCAGUCAGUCAGUCUUCAGACAAGUCCAUUGUAAGCUCCAAUGCAAGAAGACUUGAGGUGCUCAGGAAUUGUGUGGCAUUCAUCUUUGAGAAUAAAAUCACUGAUGCUCGGAAGAUCUUCCCAGCUGUGUUGCGUGCAAUGAAGAGUAAGAUGGCAAGACUAGCUCUCACCCAUGAAUUAGCAUACCAUGUACAAACCAAUAAGGCACAAUUAGAACAUCAACAGUUUGAUCUUGUUGUGAGACUCAUGAACUGUGCACUGCAGAAUGACUCUAGCAAUGAUGAGAAUGGAGUUGCUGCCGCUAUCUUGCCAUUAGCCACUUCCUUCUGUAGGAAACUCUCAACGGGGAUCAUCCAGUUUGCAUAUACCUGCGUUCAGGAGCAUGCUGUUUGGAACAAUACCCAAUUUUGGGAAGCAACAUUUUAUCAAGAUUGUGAGCGUCAAAUUCGGCAGUUAUAUUUGCCCGAUUAUCAGGACCAACUGGGGGUACUUACUCAUAUAGCAACUCGUAGCCCUCGGAGUCAGAGCCGUGACUCAAGGAGAAGUUGGAGCGUAGGUCCAGGGUCAAGUGGCCAACCAGAAUCUCCAAAGAGACUGCAGUACCGUCCACGUGAAAUUGGUGCUCUGGAAAUAGCAGCUGAGCAGCUGCGGAUAUGGCCAACACUUAGUAAAGAACAGCAACAGGAGAUGAUAAAUAAUGAGGAGAGCACAGUAUAUAGUCAGGCAAUCCACUAUGCCAACAGAAUGGUAUAUCUCAGAGUGCCAUUAGAUGCCAGCAGGUCCCUUUCUAGCUCCAAAUAUGACACUGAAGACAAUAGCAAUAGUAAUGUAAAUAGCAGUGUCGCUGAAUCAGACAGUCUCAAUGAAACAGAGAGUGGUUUUGAUGAAGGUGAUGUCCCUGAAGUAGGGACAAACGUAGUCAAGUUUGUCACCCGCUUUGUUGACAAAGUCUGUUCAGAAAGUGGCGUGACAGAAGAACAUAUAAAAUCUCUACAUCAAAUGAUACCAGGGGUAGUUGCAAUGCAUAUAGAAACACUAGAAGCAGUACAUAAAGAAAGUAAGAGACUUCCACCGAUACAAAAACCAAAGAUUCUCACUCCAACACUUCUACCAGGAGAGGAGAUCGUCAUGGAGGGAUUACGGGUCUACCUGAUAGCAGAUGGGAGAGAGGAGGGGCUUGGGACAGUACUUGGGGGCCCAGCCCUUCUACCAGCAGAGGGCGCUGUGUUCCUCACUACUUACAGGGUCAUAUUCAAAGGAACUCCGGUGGAUCCAUUAGCAUGUGAACAAAUAGUCUGUCGUAUGUUCCCAAUAUCCACUCUAACCAAGGAGAAGAAAAUCAAUGUGCAAUAUCUACAGCAUAUAGAACAAUGGCUGCAGGAGGGCGUGCAGCUGAGGUCUAAUACAUUCCAGUUAAUGAAAGUUGUGUUUGAUGAGGAGGUCGGAACUGAAAACGCUGACACAUUUCGUAAGUUGCUCCACCGGAUGCGUAAUCCACCAUCUGUAUGGAGCACGUUUGCAUUUACUGGAUGUGCAGUGACGCAACCCACUCAAAUGCAUGCGCAUAAAGACAAGAAUAGUUCUCUCAAGGCAUUUGCAAAGAGAACGCUACACAAAACUGCUAAGACUGUAGGCCUUAAAGGCAAGGAUCCCAAUAGAAAGCAGAAAUAUAUUCAUCCAUCGCCAACUAUACCUCGGAAGACUUACAGUCCAAAAGGUAGCCCUACCAGUAGCAGACCCUCUAGUGUGUAUGAUGAUAAUCUCUCUAUCAUAGAGGAGGGUGAGGUUCCAGCAUUCAUGACAAUGGAUCCCAAGGUGCUUGAGAAAUUGUUUGAGAAACCUGGCUACAAGGACUUCCAGCGUAUGGGCUUAGGGGAGUUACCCUCCUUUGCUAAUACCAAGAGUCGCACUGACCCCUAUAGGAUAUCAACUGUCAAUUGUGGGUUUAGUGUAUGUAGAAGUUAUCCUGCCCUUAUAGUUGUACCUCAAUCUGUUUCUGAUGACAGUAUACGAAAGUUCUCACGUAGCCAUAGGCAAUACAGAUUCCCUGUGAUUACAUGGAGACAUGACAAGACGAAGGCAGUCCUGCUACGAGCGAGUGGCUUCCACACGAAGGGAGUCAUGAGCAUGCUAAAGUCACAUAGUCAUCACCACCAACCUACACCUAGUGCCUCUUUAAGUGAACUGUCAACUAGUGUAGAGCAGGAGAAAUAUUUCCACGCAGUAGUGUCAAGUACACCCAUUGGUCAGCUCAGUCACUCGCAGAUCAGUGAUUCGUUGACAAGUAUUGACUCUCUCAUACUUACAGCAGGUACUUCCGACACACUUACGAUCCCAGAGACCCCUGGUGGCACAAGAAAGAACUAUCUUGCGCGUGCCGUCAGUAGUUUGCGCAGCAGUGGUGGAAGAGUGAAAUCUUUAGGAAGAUUGGGAAGCGUCAAGUCUGACAAGCGGAUGUCAAGUGCAAGUCUUCAAGCGCCAGCCCGUGCAAAUGGAAAUGUUGAACCCAGUAUUGGAGAUGUGGGGAUCCAGGGACUACAUCGUGCUGCCCUCUAUGUUCUAGGAGAGAAGGCACAAGUUAAAGCUGUCAAAGUUGAGCAGUUCCCAAAGUGUGAUUUCAUCCCGGUUGAGUUCACUGAGGUUCGUCACGUGAAGGCCAGCUUCAAGAAACUCAUGAGGGCUUGUGUGCCAAGUGCCACCAGUGCAGACCCAGAGAUGUCUUUUUAUAAGGCUGUACAAGACUCAGACUGGCUCAAACAGCUACAGAACAUUCUCCAAUUAGCAGGGGUAGUGGUAGAUCUCAUGGAUGUACAGGGCUCAUCUGUUAUGCUCUGCUUGGAGGAUGGCUGGGACAUAACCACACAGGUUUCUGCAGUUGCCCAGGUGCUAUUAGACCCAUACUAUAGGACAAUAGAGGGCUUCCGGGCACUCAUUGAGAAAGAAUGGUUGUCUUUCGGCCAUCGAUUUACUCACCGUAGCAACCAGACUGCAGCCAAUCAAGCGAGUGGAUUUGCACCAAUUUUCUUGCAGUUUCUUGAUGUAGUGCAUCAGAUUCACCUUCAGUUUCCACUAUCAUUUGAGUUCAACCAGUACUUCCUCAAGUUUCUGGCCUUCCACUAUGUUUCGAAUAGAUUUCGUACAUUCAUGCUGGACAAUGAAUACGAAAGAAUGAUGGCGGGGUGGUUACUCGAGGAGAAACACAUCCCAACAAAGGACGACGAGAACCUUGGAAAUGGUUCAGGUUUUGUGAAUCGGCCUCAGUCAAUAGGGCAAAGUAUCUGGGACUACAUUGAAAAGUUCCAUCGAAGAUCUCCAAUAUUCUUCAACUUUGAGUACACAGAGUUGGAGAACCAUGUGGUACUUAGACCAUUCUCAAACAUCUCAAAUCUGCGGAUCUGGGACUACUUUGUAAGUGAAUCUCUGGACCAUGGCCCAUCAUAUGACAUAGAAAUAGUUGCCAAGGAAAUGAAGCAAGUCGAAGAGGAUGAUCUGGUUGAUGGUACAGGAAGUUUACGUAAAAUUGCAAACUUCUGUUAUGAUAAUCAACACCUAAAGAUGCCAGAAGGUUGCUCAUAUCUGUUGUCAGAAAUUCAUCGCUUAGAGAAAGAGCUGGAUAGGUCACCCCAGAAAUGGCAUCCAUUAUGGGACAAACUGGAUCACCCAGAUCACGAACAAUUAACACGUCAAGUGUCUCUGAACACUCAGCUAGCGCAAUCUCAUGGAAGAUCAAUACAUAAACGUUCAACGAUUGAAAUAUUAAUGCGUGCUAAAAUGUCCGGUGAGACUGCAAAGAUGUUCAGUCAGCCACAUAAGUUUGAGAAACACAACUAUACAAUGACUACACUAAUUUACUGUGAUUACUGCUCGCAGGUUCUCUUUUGGGGGCUAAUUAAAACAGGUAUGCGAUGUACAGAUUGCAAUUAUAACUGCCAUGAGAAGUGUAUGCCAUAUGUGCCCAAGAACUGCGCAAGCUACAAGAGAAAUUCAGAGGCCUCCACCAGUCAGCAGAGCCUUGCGAAGGCACCCUCGGAGACCAAUGUGGGGACAUUAGAUACAUUAAGGGCCAGUGACCAGAACUACGACCAGUUUCAGUUUGUCUCCAGUGUGCAGGAGCACCGGACACAUGAGGGUUAUCUCUUCAAGAGAGGGGCUUUAUUUGGGGGAUGGAAACAGAGGUGGUUCGUACUGGACUCCAUGAAGCACCAGUUACGACAGUAUGAGACAUCAGAGGAUAGUAAUUGCAAGGGCUUCAUAGAUUUUUCUGACGUCACCUCGGUCACUGCACUUAAAAAAGUAGAGGGCGCCCCUAAGCGGUCUGAUGAAAAUGCAUUCUUUGAGAUGAGGACAAAUAAGAGAAUCUACCAUUUUCUUGCCCCAGACAGCCAGGCUGCCCAGGAUUGGAUAGACAAAAUACAGAGUUGCAUAACUGGAUAACAUAAAUGGCAUAAAUAUACCAUAAGUUACCCAAUAUCAUCAAAAUGGAUUGUGAAUUAGCAAUAUUGCUAAAGUGGACCAUAGUUUGUACAAACUUAAAAAUAGAGCAGAAUAGAAACACUAAAAACCAUGGGGCAACAUGGAAAAUAUUAAAAGUAACUCGGAGAAUAUCAACAGUUCAUCUUAAAAAUGAACUGUAAAAAUAUCUAAUCUAAUUAGUGAGAAAUACAAUCCUUCAUUUUAGGAUUGAAUUUCAACACUUCUCCAUAAACAAUGAACUAUGCAUGCAUCCAGUUUCUGCACCUGGAA